AUGGUCUCCAUUGGGAUAUUUCAGAAAAACAACAUCGAGGAUCGGCAAACAGCGACCGACUGUCAGGCGCUCCGUCAGAGCGCGGCAGCGCGGGGCAUUGUCUUUUAUGCGCAUCCGUUUCUACACGGUCUUCCAUGGAGUGAUCAAGACUCAAUCGCGUACAAACACGUCCUGAUGGCGUUGAAGAAACAGCCAUUUCGAUGGUGUAAAGGAGCAGGAAGUGCAUUAACGCAGACGGUGUUAAAACUCGAGCAAGCGGCACGCCGGAGUCCUUGGCAAGCCGGGGCAUUAUCCCAGACACCAUACUAUCUCUGGGCACAUGGCAAGGAGACCACGGGGUAUAAGGUCUGGGUCUGCUAUCGUGUGGGAGUGCGGCAACUGAACACUUAUUUUCCUGGGAGGCAGCAGGACCCCAGCUGUCGCAAGCUGCAGUGCUGCCAGGGGUAA